GGAUAGCAGAAACAAAUACCUUUGCCACGGUGAUGAAUGUCAACUCGUCAUGUUAUGGUUUGUUUGUUGAUAUCAAUGAUACUCUUUACUGUUCAAUGCCUCAUCAUCAUCAAGUAGUGAAAAGAUCAUUAAAUGAUUCUGAGAUGACUUCAAAUCGUGUUGCUGCUGGAACAGGUAAUAAAGGAAAUGACUCGAAUCAACUCAAUCAACCUCAUGGAAUCUUUGUCGAUGUGAAUUUGGAUUUAUAUGUGGCAGAUUGCCUAAAUAAACGUGUUCAGUUGUUCCAGUCGGGAGAAUCAAAUGGCAUCACAGUAGCUGGAUACGCAUCACUUAAGCCAACAAUUACACUUCAUUGGCCAACUGGAAUUAUAUUAGAUGCUGAGAAAUAUUUAUUCAUUGUGGAUCAACUCAGUAGUCGCAUUGUUGGUUCAAGCUUGAAUGGUUUUCGAUGUUUAGUUGGAUGUUACGGAGGCGGGGGGCAAUCCAAUAAAUUGAGCGGUCCACUUAGUUUGAGUUUUGAUCGUUCUGGAAACAUGUUUGUUACUGAUACAUCAAAUCAUCGAAUUCAAAAAUUUUUCCUGAUGAAGGAUUCUUUUGGUAAGUUGAAGAAAAGUUGA